GCCCCGCACGGCGGGCUGCCUGGCAACAUGAGGGAGCGGACAGGAAGGUCUGCGGCACCCGAGUGAGCAACCUGCACACUUCAGGACACACAAGCACGGCACCAGAGACCACGCUCGGCCGCACCAUGGAGGAUGCAGAGAAAGAGUGUGUGUGUGUGUGUGUGUGUGUCUGCCACCAGGACACUGUUAACAAGGAGACACAGAGGCGGCCAACACACGCCUGGAUCACAUGCAGGCAAUCAGCACUCGGGACGGUUUUGCUGAGGUAGUGUGGUUUGGACGGAGGUGGUAGUCAGUGGCCAGCGGCACGGCACGCACUGCGAACAUGGAGCCUCUGGAGGAAUACCACUCUCCGUUUGACUUUGAACAAGGCGUCAACAGCAGGUACCUCUACCUCUCCCCGACUUACAGCGACACACCGCCCAGCUCGCCGGCUGUCAGAACCAGAGGUCACCAGCAGCAUCCGGACUCGGUCCCGGAGAUGGGAGAAGAUGCGGUGACGUCCGUCGGGCCCUCUCCCCUUCCGCCCGCCAUGACGGAGGAGGAGCGCCAGGAGCUGCAGGAAGAGUUGUUCAAGGUAGAGGACGAGAUCCAGACUCUGUCGCAGGUUCUUGCAGCCAAGGAGAGGCAGUUGGCGGACAUCAAGAGGAAGCUGGGCAUCACACCUCUGAAUGAGCUGAAACAGAACAUCACCAAAACCUGGCAGGAGGUCACCACCUCCACAGCCUAUAGGAGGACGUCUGAAACGCUCUCUCAGGCGAGUCUGAAGGCCACGACAGCUUUCUCCAGUGUGGGCUCAGCCAUCACCCGGAAGCUCGAGGAUGUCAGCACACGCUCAUUACAACACUCGGCUAGUAUGCCCGUCAUGAGGAAUGCACAAACUUUCAAGUCAUUUGAGGAGAAAGUGGAGACUUUGAAGACUAAGAUGACCCCGGCAGUGUCCACCAGUGACCCCCAUGACCAGGAGAGCCCCGACCCAACCCCCGAGUCUUUUGUCAAUCAGCCAGAGGUCUCGCCCACUCCGGAGACGCCGAUGCACUGAGACCCGACUAACCCCUUCCCGCCCCCCCUCUCUUCUGACCAGCCCAACCACCCAUCCCUUCCUCCACACUUGACUCCCUGACCCCUGGAACAUCGACACGUUCCGCUUAAACUCCUUGUGCCAGCGUCUCCUUUUGUUGCAAACAAAUGAGCUGCCCGGGCCGUCUCUUUGUGUUCUAAUUGUCAGGGCUGUUUGGUCUGACACGCGCGGACACUAGUUCACCAGUGUGGAAGCUGAGUGCAGGGGGUGGGCUGGGUGCACGGCAUGUGGUCUCGUGUCGGUCGCAUGUUGUUGAGUGUGUUCUCGGCUCGCUACCGUUUGACUUUCUCACUCUCCAUUUUCCCUCUGCGCCCCGUCGUUCGCUGCCUGUUGUCUAACCAGAUAAAGCUCAGAUGCCAAAUGUGUUCCUAUUUUGUUUUUCUUUAUCAAAGUUUUUCCACAUUCUGCGUUUGUUUGCAUGAAGAAAACUGCAGACAUAGGAAACAUUCACGCUUUACUUUGUGUGUGAACCAGGCAGUUGUUGGCUUAUUGCUUCUGCAUGCCACUUUAUUGUAUGCUGGAUUUAUUGUUAUUACAAGCACUUGUUUUUGUGUGCCACUAUUUUAGGGAUUUACUUUGUGUUACCUUUAUGGCGCCAACCUUUAUUUCCUUUUCUUCACUGUAUUAAUUUUAGGGACACCAUACAAUGAUAAAGUAGUCUAACACUGUGUUCAAAAUGUGAAUUUAAUGCCUUCUUUUUUUCUUGUCAUGGAGCUACAACAGUUUGUAUAAUGUGACCCACUAGUGCCGGGGCGCUGCUGAGCUGAGCUGUCUUCAAAGCUGGCAUUUCAAAAACACAUGUCCAAAUAAAUAGAAUUAGACAGUUAACAGGAAAAAAACAGCCGAGAUCAUGAGAACUGAGGCGGAGCAAACACACACAGUCGGGGCUCAGCCUUGACCAGAGCCAGUAUCAAUAUUUAAACACUAGUCCAUUGUUUCUGUUGGGGAGGUUACACCUGAACUCCCCCAGGGCAACAGACCACUCCACUGGAUGUUCAUUUAUACACUGAUACAGGAUCAUAAUAAUAAUAAUAUAGUAGAGGAGAAUGUGCCAAAUUGACCAAUAAUAUAUAUUUUUUUUCUCUUCCCGUCCUGUUAAUUCUUUUGAGAUGUUUCUGUGAAAUUGCACGAAAUUAUCCAAAUCUUCUUCUUUUGAUAGUCUUGGCAAACUGCAGGAUUAUAUACAGUAUUUGCAAAAAAGAAGAGAGAAAAAACAAACAAAAUACAUUUUCACUAUCAUGAUGCUUCAUAUGAUUAUAUCCUAAAAAACUGCUGUUAGACUACUGAACAAGUACUUUCUCCGGACACUUUAACCAAACAAACAGAGGACCCCCCUCCCUGCUGGGACACGACCGGCCUGGCACAAGUCUUCCCCUGGUGGUCGACAACCGGCUCGACAUGAAUCUGCUCUCCCAGCAGCGGCCUUUUAAACCCUCAGUGAUUUAAAUCCCCACACGCUGACUGGAGGAUCAGUCGGCCGGGAGAACGCCACAUAAGAACACGGAUCAAGGGGGGGGGGGGGAUUCAACCUUGACAGCAGUCAGGGUUUAACAGUAAUAUAGUAUGUCAUGAUGUCCUCAUAUAACAUUCACUCUCCAGCCACGACUUUAAAAAAUCUUUAAUUCUAUUUGUAAUAAACAGGAUAAGGGUGAUGUGCCUGAUUUGUUUGGUUCUUUACUGGAACAGUGAAGUAGAGAAAUUCAUCCCGAUUAAAAGAUUCCUCACGA